AUGACAUCGGAUGAAAAGUCUGCCACUCGCGACAUAUACGAUCCCAAUACGCUUCCCGACUAUGACCGGGAGUUUAUCAACCCGGAUGAACUCCGGCAGUUCGAGAAGGCGCUGAAUGCCCCCGAAGCGGCUCCUCUCGUUGCGCUCAAUGACUGGCGUCCAGUCAAUCAACGAGUUCGGAAAAAUCGUCGAACGAAACCGCGGAGAAGCAAAGACGAGACGCGAGAAGGUGUGCUCUACACGGUGUUGAAGUGGCCAUUCCUCUUCACGGUUUUCGCAUGGAUUACGGUCCUCGGCUUCGCAUAUACACUGACGCGCUUGUAUAUCUUCCUAUAUGAGCAAUGCGUGACAUGGAGAGGCCAGAGGGAGCGACUCAGGAGAGAGCUCUCCAUGCAAACCAACUAUCAAGACUGGCUGAAAGCAGCACAGGCCCUCGAUACUUACCUCGGAAAUCUCAAGUGGAAGGAAACGGACGAAUAUGCAUACUACGACCAUCUUACCAUCAAUAAAGUAGUUGCACAGCUGAAGCAGGCUAGAAAGGCAGCCGAGACGGAGAUGCAGAAUGGACGCUCAGGCGUGAGUGAUCCGCCUGCGGUCGAAGAGCUUUGCUUCUUGCUGGAAGCGUGCGUGAAGAACAAUUUCGCAGGCGUGGAGAACCCUCGACUUUACAGUGAAACAUAUUCAGGGACGAAAGAUCUCGUGCAGGAAUACAUUGACGAAGUCCAGUCUUGUAUCCGGCUAGUCCUGGAUAGUAAACAGAUUCCAAAUGAGGACAAGUAUCAGCACUUCAAGCAUCUGGACACCAACUUCGGUCGCACGGCUCUCUGCCUGUCUGGCGGCGCCACGUUUGCCUAUUACCAUUUUGGUGUGAUCCGGGCGCUGCUCGAUAACGACGUCUUACCUGAGAUCAUUACCGGAACGUCAGGAGGAGCCUUGGUUGCCGCUCUAGUCGCUACUAGGACUGACGAGGAACUGAAACAGCUGCUCAUCCCGGCUCUGGCUCAUAGGAUCAGGGCGUGUCACGAGGGCUUUACUACGUGGGUACGGCGUUGGUGGCGAACGGGGGCCAGGUUCGACACUCUGGAUUGGGCUCGCCAGUGCAGCUGGUUUUGCAGGGGCUCGACUACAUUCCGAGAAGCCUACGAGAGAACAGGGCGUAUAUUGAAUGUCUCCUGUGUUCCGUCUGACCCUCAUUCACCGACGAUCCUAGCAAACUAUCUCACCUCGCCUGAUUGUGUCAUCUGGAGCGCAGUCCUUGCGUCCGCGGCAGUGCCUGGUAUUGUCAACCCGGUUGUUCUAAUGACCAAGAAGCGUGAUGGAACACUUGCUCCGUAUUCCUUCGGACACAAGUGGAAGGACGGCAGUUUGCGGACGGAUAUACCUAUCAAGGCUUUGAAUCUGCAUUUCAACGUAAAUUUUACAAUAGUAUCACAGGUCAAUCCGCAUAUCAACCUCUUCUUCUUCAAUUCCCGAGGAUCCGUUGGCCGGCCUGUCACCCAUCGUAAAGGCCGCGGGUGGCGCGGAGGGUUUCUGGGGUCCGCGAUCGAACAAUAUAUCAAACUCGAUAUGAAUAAAUGGCUUAGAGUUCUCCGCCAUCUCGAGCUCCUCCCUCGGCCAAUGGGCCAGGACUGGAGUGAGAUCUGGCUGCAGAAAUUCAGCGGCACCAUCACGAUCUGGCCCAAGAGCAUCCCCUCCGACUUUUACCAUAUACUAUCGGACCCCAGCCCAGAGCGACUAGCACGCAUGCUUCACGCGGGCAAGCAAAGCACUUUCCCGAAGAUUCAAUUUAUCAAGAACAGGCUCAAAAUCGAAAACGCCAUCAUGCAGGGUCUGCAACAGUGUUCCCCCGGCGGAGGAAGGGUGAUGUCACCGAUUCUAUCUCGCCGACGCCAGGACCGUGCACAGGAACAUGCAGACCGGAUGAUUGAGCGUCUCGACCAGAGCCUCCCUGAGCGCCAGUCGGAUUACAAAGACGAGUCACAUUACACAGAGGUCUCAGACAGCCUGUCUGCAAAUUCGUCCCGCCCGCACACCCCAGACGCGCGACGAAGCAGCAUGUUCGAGGAAAUGCGGCGCCAGUCAGCCGUGUUCUUUGACGACUCCGACAUGUACGCCGAUGAGGACGCAGUAGCCACAUAG